UUCCCGCUUGACUUGUGCCUGGUUUCUCCGAUGCUGCGAACGCGCCCACCUGGAUUUGGCGAAUGUCACAGCGCUAGCAAGGUCUCGAAGGACCAAGCGUCAAGACUUCGUCACUGCCAUCGCCUAGUAUAAGCACUGACCUCUCGCACUCCGUUGCGACAAGUUUAUAAGAAGCACGGUCGCGAAGUGGAAACCUCCUUGAGCCACUCCAUCAACUUCCCAAUCUGCGGACGUCGCAAAAAUCAUCUACCUACACGCUUCGCCGAACCCUUGCCCCUGUGCACUUGUCGCCUACUCUUGCGUCAAGCUCGCGCUUCCUUUGGCCCCUGUAUCCCCAGACAGAAGCUGAUCAGCGCAAACAAAAAUGAGUCAAGCCAGCGUAAACCUGACCCAGGAGGGUUCGACCAAGGCGGCAUCGAACGCCGGCGCCGAGACUGCGCACGACUCGAACACCAACUCACAGGCAUCAUCCACAUACCGCAACAAAGAGGGGUGGAAUAACUCCACAGAUGGAGAUGUUACGCCACAGUCAAGCCAAGAUGAAGUCCCCGCAGCAGUGGAACUCGCACCACUGCGCAAGUGGACGAUACUGUUCCUCCUCUGCUUCAGUCAAUUUUGGGACAUUGUCAAUGUCACUGCUCCAACCAUUGGUCUCCCCGACAUCGCCGCCGACCUCGACAUGGGACCUUCACAAAGACCUUGGGUCGUGUCCGCCUACGCGCUUUCAUUUGCCGGCCUCUUGUUGCUGUGUGGCCGCCUGUCCGACAUGAUCGGCGCCAAAAUCACAUUCUGCAUCGGCUAUUUUGUGCUUGGUAUCGCUGCAAUCGUCGCCGCAGUCGCACCCGACGCCAUCGUUCACCUCGUCUUCCGUGCCAUCCAAGGUAUUGGUGCUGCGCUCACCAUCCCUAGCGCCAUGAGCCUCAUCGCAGCUCACUUCCAGGGCAAAUUGUUCACCGUCGCUUUCGGCAUUUUUGCAGCGGCCGGAUGUAUCGGAAAUGUGCUCGGCGUCAUCAUCGGAGGCGUCAUCACCGCAUAUGUGCCAUGGCAAUGGAUCUUCUACGUGACCGCCAUUUGCGUCAUUCCUGCCGGCAUCGCCUCCAUUUUCGUCCUUGUCCACGUACCUCCUCAGCAGAAGUUCACAUGGGCAAGACUCGAUGUCCCCGGGGUGACGACUGGCACCUUUGGCAUCAUUCUCCUCACCUUCGCCUUCGCUGGCGCCUCAACGUACGGCUGGGCUAGCGCCACGAUCCUCGCGCCACUGCUCAUCAGCAUCGCGUUGCUGCUCUUCUUCGUUUGGGUUGAGCACAAGGUCAAGUAUCCAGUCAUUCCUCCAUCGCUCUUCUCUCUGCAGUUCAGCGUGCUGGUUGGUGUGGCCUUUAGUCUGUACUUUUGGUUCAACAGUCUGGUCUACCAAACGUCCUACCUUUUCGAAAACGUCUUCCAAUGGUCACCCAUCCAGACUGCCGUACACUUUCUUCCACUCGGGUUCAUGGGCCUCCUCGCAUCAUUCAGCAGCGGCUUCCUCAUCAAAUACGUCCCCGUGCGAUACACGAUGCCCGUAUGCCAGCUGCUCAUGGUUGCAGGAGCGCUGCUAAUGUCCUUUGCGCGCGACUCGAGCGACUACGCCAGACUCAUCGUGCCCGGCUUCCUGAUCGGCAACCUGGGCAUGGCCAGCUGCUUCGCCCCUGUCAACAUCAGUCUCAUGGAACUGUGCCCCAGCGGCAUGGAAGGUGUUGUAGGCGCCAUCUUCAACAGCGCUGUGCAAGUUGGCUCAGGCGUCGGCAUCGCCAUUCUAGCCUUGGCCAGCGACAGCAUCCAGCCGAAAUACAUUACGCCGGAGAGGAUCGCUGCCGCUGGCGGCGACACGGCGCUUGCUGAACGACAAGCCUUGGCCAUCGGCAUUGGGCAAAGCUACUACAUCCUUGUUGCCUUUUCCGCUCUCCUCAUCCUCCUCGUCCUCGCCACAACCACUUUUAGGCAUCGCAAGCCCGAGACGAACGAGGAUGUCGAGUCGCAAGAGAAGCGUCGCCCGGUUGCUGUCGCAUAGAGUGUUAUUCCGAGCUCCUCUUCUCUCACGGGUAGGAUUUCGUAACCUAUCAAGACCCUCCUCCGCAUCAUGUCUUCCAGCAGCUCGCAAAUUUUCUCCUCACGAUCAUGUUUCGUUCAUCUCAACCCUCUCUUCCCCCGCGGGCAGGUUAUCGCUUGCUUGCCGGGGGUCAAUACAUAUCCGGCUUCGUUCAAUAGAAUAUACAUACCUC